GUUUUCUUUUGCCAUCUAGUACUGUAGGUGUAACCACACUCACCCCCAAUUGAGUCCGAAACGUUACACGAUCUUGUCUAAGUGCUACCAUUACGCCUGCUAAUGUAUUUUCUUAGCUUCGGGAUGUACCUCUACUUCCCAUCUUCGAAGCCCAGCCUGAAAUACUGCAUUGUCGCUACUUACGUUGCCUUCUUUCUUAUAUCAGUCGCUCCGGUCAUACUCGAGUCUACCUUGGAAUCUGACGGAACGUACGGUUAUCGACAGCUUCUCUCCGCCGUAUUCUUCGGCAUACACACCAUUUAUAUCAACCCUAUAAUCACUGCUCUUGCUGUAAUUGCCGUGUUUCCCCAGCGACAUGAGAUCUUGUCACGCAGAGAGCCUGGGGCAUUGAGCGUCAUGGGCUUAUUAGUGCAGGCGGUCGUAUUCGCGGUGGUGGCUUGCGUCUGGCCAGUGCGUUUUACGAUAGGAUCGGAAGUCCGAGUUCCUAUCAGUGCGUGGUAUCAGCUUGUUGGCUGGGCUGCUGUAGACAACUUGAUUUUCGCCAUUGUCCAGGCGGUGUUGUUUUGGACUUCGCGGAAAUUUAGGGUAGGAGAUACUGCUGAGGAGAUUGCCCCCGAAGAAACAACACCAUUAAUGGCUGAGCGAGUGUGAGAAUGUCAGUAUUCAAGGGAACCUAAUAUAGCAUUAGAUUAUAAAAAUAUAAAUGCAUCGGUGCUAUCUGAUACAGUAC